GUACCUGGCAUCUCUGGUUUGUUUAUUUUCUUCUAGCCUUCCAUCUGAUCUGAACGGAAAUGGAAUCUACCCUAACCGAUCGUUUCAUUGAUCCACCCAGUGCGGACCCAAAGUUGUACUGCCGGCUUUGUUUUUCUACAUUUCGCGUUGAGCCUCUGUUUCCGUCUACCAGUGAUGAAGACGAACAAAAUCAUCACUUGGUACAACUGAUUUCUUCACUGGUACAAAUAGAUCUAACAACUGAUCGUGAUGCGUCCUGUGCGAUUUGUUUCAUAUGCCAGCUUCAUCUGGAAGCAUUUCACUUGUUUCGCGAACGUUGUUGCUUACUAGACCAAUCACUGAAAAGAGAUCAUCAAGCAGCUUUGCCCUCCGAAGUAGAACCAUCUGAUCACUCAUCGAAUGUCCCGCAUGAGGAGCAAGACGACGAUAUGUGGGUUACCGUAGAAGAAAUUGAUGAUGCGACUAGUGAUACGAACGAGUUGCAAUCAACAGAUGGUCAAUCCGAACAAGCAUCCGCUAAUUUUUCGGAAAACGAGAAACAGUUGAACACAGCUUUCUGGAACGCCAUUUCGAAGGAUGUUGGAAUUAUUCCAGAACAUGUGCGCAAUUCACUGGAACUGGUCGGAUUUAGUCGCAGUGCGUCACUUGGUCUCAUUACUCGCGAAAACAUAAAAAAUAUUGAACAGGAUAUGCGAAAAUUGAUACCGCUGGUAUCCAAGCUCGGCGGAGGACUGAGUAAAUAUUAUGGGCACUUUCAUAGCCACAACCCAAGCAAGUUUUCAUUUUUCGCUGGCGAAAUCAGAACCAUUCUUGCGAUAGCACGAGCGGUACAGGAGAAUGGGUUACCAAAAUAUCUGAACACUACUGGAUCGUUUCAAAAAAUAGAGCCGGGUUCAGCUUUGUUCGACAGAAAAGGACAGUGUCCGGAGCGAAUGAUUGAAAGAAUUAAGACCUACUACCGUGAACGCAAUCCAGGUACUCCGGAAUUCAAACGAUUUUACGACAACCUGCCAACCGAAGGUGAGCUUUACAGUGACUCCCGAACGGGACAGCUUUUUUGUUUGAUACAAUGUACUUUUUGCCCCACGUCCAUUCGAGUUUACUUUUGGACCUUUGGGAACUUUGUCAGCCAUUGUAGUAAACAGCACUAUGACAUUUGUCAUAUUCAGCCCAAAAAGAAACCAAGGUUAAAACUACCUAGAGACAGCGAUCCCUUGCGCCUUACAGUUGAGGAGGCGGAACUAGAACAGAACGAUAGUAACAGUGAUCCUUCGCGACUUACGGUGCAGGAAGCGCAACUGGAACGGAACGAUGUUGACGUUGAUCCUUUGCGUUUUACGGUUGAGGAGGCGCCUCCGGAACGGGGCGAUGAUAACAGUGAUCCCUUGCGUCUUACGGUUGAAGAGGCGGAACUGGAACGGAACUAUGAGAACCGGCUGGAUAACGGAGAGGAUGCUAUUUCAAACAAUUUUGUAGUUAAUGAGCGUAGCAAAAGACGGAAUUUGACGUUAGCGGAAGAGUAUUUGAACCAAAACAACGGGAUAAAUCAGACCGAUAGGCAAUCCUCGGAGGAUGAAGAACCGGAGGAAGAUCUUUACGUGAUUGAAGUUCUGGAAGAUGAAAACCAAUAACCCUUCGAUCAAAAUAAAUUAGCAAAAAGCAUUUUUGAAACAA